AUGGAAACAAGAAAUCUAACAGUCAUCAAAGAAUUCAUCCUUCUGGGACUUUCUGGAUCAGCAGAGCAGCAAUAUUUCUUAUCUGUGCUAUUUCUCUGUAUGUAUUUAAUGACUGUAUCAGGCAACAUGCUCAUCAUCAUCUUGGUUGUUGGCUUUAACUCUCACCUCCAUUUACCCAGGCAUUUCUUCUUAAGUAACUUGGCCUUUGUGGACAUCUGUUUUUCCUCCUCUACUAUUCCCCAAAUGAUAGUGAACAUCUUAACUGAUACACAGACUAUUUCUUUUGUAGGGUGCCUCAGCCACUUUUUCUUCUUCAUUGCUUUUGUGAAUAGGGACAGCCUUCUUCUGUGUGUGAUAGCAUAUGAUAGGUACGUGGCAAUUUGCCACCUUUUACAUUAUAUUGCCAUUAUGAAUCCCCACCUUUGUGUCUGGCUAGUGGCUGGGCUCUGGCUUGUCACCUAUCUCUAUGCCCUCUUACACACUGUUUUAAUGGCACAUCUGUCCUGUGCUUCCAAUAUCAUGCACCAUUUCUUCUGUGAUCUCAACCCCCUCCUGCAGCUCUCUUGCUCUGAUAUAUCCCGCAGUGUGAUGGUUAUUUUUAUAGUAGGAGGUCUAUUUGCUCUCACUCCCUUUAUAUGCAUCCUCAUAUCUUAUGGACUGAUCUUCUCCACGAUCCUGAAGAUCACAUGUACUCAGGGGAAACAGAGAGCUUGCUCCACCUGUGGCUGCCACCUAUCAGUGGUGGUGGUGUUCUAUGGCACAGCAAGCACUGUCUAUUUCAGUCCCUCCUCCUCUUUUGUCCCUAAAAGUUGAACAAUUUUAGCCCUUAUGUAUUCAUUGGUGACUCCAAUGCUGAAUCCUUUCAUCUACAGUCUAAGGAACAGUGAUAUGAAAAGAGCACUUCAGAAAAUGCUUUGUAAAGGUGCACGCUUUCAGCAGUAA